CUCCAGUUUUCUCCAAAACUUGCUACUGUACACGUAUAGUCGUCAGAUUUUUUGCUAUAUAUCCCCCCCAAAACUUUCUCAGAAUACCCCAACUUGUUCAUUUCUUCCCUUCUAUAUUAUUCUCCCACUCCUUCCUUCUGUUUUAGGAAAUCAGAUUUGAUCGAGAUUAGGGUUUCUGCAAUUCAGGCCAUGUCUCCAGCAAUGGCAGCUUUGACAACUGAGAAUGAGGAGAGCCAGUACCAGAAUGGAGUGAAGCGCUUGCAUGAGAAUGGAAUAAACAAAGUUCCAAGCAAGUACAUACUGCCCGUAUUGGAGCGACCCGGUAUUACAAAUCACGACCAAGCAAAUGUAACCAAGAAUAAUCUUAAGCUCCCCAUCAUUGACUUCCAAGAAUUGCAGGGUCCCAAUAGACCCCAAGUCCUUCAGUCCCUCGCCAAUGCUUGUGAACAAUACGGCUUCUUUCAGCUGGUAAACCAUGACAUUCCAAGCCAUGUUAUAAGCAAUAUGAUCGAAGUGAGCACAAAGUUCUUUGAGCUACCGUUUGAGGAGAGAGCCAAGUACAUGUCCUCGGAUAUGCGAGCUCCUGUUCGGUAUGGAACUAGCUUUAAUCAGAACAAGGAUAAGGUGUUUUGUUGGAGGGACUUCCUGAAGCUGUUGUGCCAUCCCCUACCAGACGUUCUUCCUCACUGGCCUUCUUCACCUGUCGACAUAAGGAAUUUGGCGGCUACCUACGCAAAAGAAACCAAAUACUUGUUCCUAAUGCUAAUGGAGGCCAUAUUUGAGAGCUUAGGACUUGUGGAUUCAUCAGCUGCCAAGAAGAACACGACAGAAGAAGAUGAGGUGUUGAAAGAAUUCGAAGAUGGAAGCCAGCUAAUGGUUGUCAAUUGCUACCCGCCAUGCCCAGAACCUGAUCUAACCCUAGGGAUGCCUCCUCACUCUGACUAUGGAUUCCUCACACUUCUUCUCCAAGAUGAGAUAGAAGGACUUCAAAUUCAAUUCCAAGAUAAAUGGGUCACCGUUGAACCAAUAGCCAACUCUUUCGUGGUCAACGUUGGCGAUCAUCUUGAGAUAUUUAGCAACGGAAAAUACAAGAGUGUUCUACACAGAGUCCUGGUGAACUCUAGAAAAGAUAGGAUUUCAGUGGCUUCUCUGCACAGUCUUCCUUUCAUGCGCCCCGUUGGCCCAUCACCAAAACUUGUGGAUGAAUCAAACCCAAGGCGAUACAAAGAAACCGAUUUUGCCAAUUUUCUAGAGUAUAUUUCAUCCCGUGAGCAUAAUAAGAAGAAUUUCCUCGAGUCCAGGAAAUUGACUUGACGAUUGAAAAAGGCAAUAUUGUGUAUGGACUAUGGAGGCAUGGAGCUAGCUAGCUACUCAACAACUUGGAAAAUCAGCACGUUGACCUUUUGCAGCCUUAGCAAUGUUCAGUGGGAAUUGUAUCUUCUUUUUUGUUUUUUUGUUUUUGCAUUUUUGGAGAGGGGAUGAGAAUCAAACCCAAACCACUACCUAGCUUGAUCAAUGCCAAUAGCUUCAUGAAUGUGUGAUAAUCAAA